AUGGGACCUCGUAGAGUCGGUCAUAAAUCUGAUCGGGAUCAUGAUCAUGCAAAUGUAUUGACAACUAAAGUUGGUCACCAAUUUGUAACAAAUAACAGAAUAUCGGGCCAGCUGGAAUCCUUGGCUCAGCAUGAAUCGUCUCUUCUUCAGCUCCAAUUACCUCUGUCUUCAGCAAUGGAUAAAUCAAACAAGUGUCAGGCAAUUAUGGGAAAAGGCUCAUUAGAUCUGGAGGGUCCUUGCUUUCAUGGCAAAGAUUCAUCCAUCUAUCCUUCUAACUCUGCAGACUCUUUUACUGUAAUGUUUCCGGAUUUUUUAGCAGUUUGUGAUAAAAGCCAACAGCCUUCAAAUUUCGGGACCAUGCCUGCUGCCUUUUAUGGUUCUCUUAUCUCUCCCAGCACCACUGUGACACCAAAAAUAUCCUCACCCGUCGCUACAUCCACAGAUGCUAACUUUUCUUCUCUUUUGCUGCACAAAAGCUGCGAUGAAAGACAAGUGCAUACCUGUGGCGGAAACCUCAUUUCAAAAGAAAUUAAUUAUGAGAAGCAUCAGCAAAAUGUCUUGCAGCCUUCAAGCAGCAUUAGCCCUAUUUCGGCGACCAGUAUACUCAAUGCUCCUACUAAUUUAACUAAAUGUCCACUGUCCUCUAUAUCCACUUCUAGCUCAUCCACUGUUAGCAUCCUCAACCAUGCCAUACAGAACAGCCACUAUUUUCCUGAAGGCUCCCGGAAGCCGCCUUCACAGCCAUUACCAUCGUCCUGCGUUCCCUUUGAUGCCAAUAAAGAUCCUGUUGGAGGAUUCUAUUUAUGUUCCUCCACGAACGUGUCGAUCUUCUUCACCUUGCAGCACAUGUAA